GCUCUCAAGAAGAUGAUACGUGGCCCCAAGGAUUGGAUCACUGCGGAGUGCGCCCAUGAACUGAAGUCCCUCGGCUUCGGCGAUCAGCUCACGGAUUUGCCUUCUAUUCUCGUCGCCUCCAAAGCCCGCGUGGUGGAAUGGGAAGCGGAUGGCCGUUUGCGCAUUCGUCAGAGGGCCCGGCGGGUGCAGCAGCUUUCUUGCGGGAGUACAGAGGUAUCGUUGCAACGACUGCGCUGGCUACACGAGUGGCGGGACAGGUGCUUCGUCCUUACCUUGGACAGGGCUGCGGAGCGCGUCAAUGUGCAUCGCCGCGCCAACCCGGCGGCCUUCCAGUGGCACCGCAAGGAGGGAUGGCAGAAACAUGCAAUGGAGCAGCUGCAUGGCUUCGAGCUCGAUGCCUUGAUGGGGUUGGACUGGGGCCGACAGGGCGAGCGCGCCGUGGUCGACUGGGCCAACUCCGUGCACGCCUUGUACCGGGUCCACAACGGGUGCCGCCACGGCAGGCUCACGCUGCAGGACAUCAACGGGGCUUUCGACGGCUUCUUGCGGGAGGCCUGCGGGCGGUCGACUGAGUAG